CGAUCUAUUCACAUCGGAUACUGGACUUUCUAUCUUUGUCAGUCGUAAUUGUUGGGUACCUAUUUGGAACAUUUUUAUUUUCUCGUUGUAUUAGUGGAAUUUAUCUCUCGACGAGAGUUCUUUAGGUACAUUUAAUCGCACGCGACGGUUUCUUUCACUUGGGAUAUAACUUGGGGGCGCAAGAGUUUGGGCAUACGCGAACUGAAUAACUUGUGUUAAGGGAAAAACGUAAAAUAUCAAUUAAAGUGUUUUAAAUUUAAAUGUGACAUUCCUUAUUUCAUUUUUAGCAGACAGCCAACUUUUAACAUAUCAAAAUGGCUUGUUUUGGAAUAUUUAUAAUCUCACUGAUGACGUCAUUGGUUACGUGCCAGAUGGUUCAUCAGCAGACGACAGCCGAUCUUCAGCAGUGUGUCGCCAAUCUGGCAUGCAGCUUCGACUAUAAGUCUGAAUUUCAAGCGAAACUUGACAACGCCACUCGCCACUUGGAACUGGAACUCGAAUUAUUACGUCAUCAAACCGGAAGUCUUGUGGCGCCGCUUCAGAACGAGAUUCGCCAACUUCAGGCGAACCAGAGUAAUGAAAUCACUUACGCAAACCAGGUACUCGGGCGCGUGCUCGCCGAGCAGGCAUAUGACAGAGAGUACCUGAGAAACAUCACACAGGGCCUCUACAUCCUCAACAACGACUUUCACCGGGAGAACCUGAUCCGCUACCAGGACGUACACCGCCUCGUGCUCGAGCUCAACGAGGCUCGCAGCAACAUCUCCACGUUGGGAGCGCUUGUCGAGGCGCUCAUUACCGCGAGCGCCAACUCGACCCUGAUCGCACAGAUCGCGGCCAUACAGGGCGGCGUCUCUGGCGGAGCGCACACCGGCGUCGUCUGCACAGCAAAGGACAGUGAGAUUCUGGAGUUGCGUAGCAACCUGACGUACUUCAUGAAUGCGUACGCGUCCGAGCAGAAACUGAUCGAGAUGAUCCGAAACCGGGAGACCAUGCUACAGUCAGAGGUGGAGAGGCUGCAGUCGAACCUGAGUCAGGCGCUCAGCGUUAACCACAUCAAGGACAACCUGAUUAUCAACCUCCAGAACCAACUCAAGGCUGCUCUAGCCAACGCCCCUGCCUCCCUGCCCGCACCUGGCACGUGCGUAUCCGCACUCGGGAUGCAGAGCGGUGCAAUCCCCAACUCAGCCCUGUCGGCAAGUGCCUACCAGCCGGGGUAUGGACCAGAAAAGUCCCGCUUGAACGACAGCACCGGCUGGUUCACACCGGAACGGGCAACCAGUCAGGAUUUCCUGCAGAUCGACACUGGGUCCCAGCACUAUAUCACUAAAGUGGCCACUCAGGGCGGUAUUUGCUGUGAUGUCAUGGUGACCAAUUACACACUCUCGUACUCCAACGAUGGCGUGCACUGGAAAGAGUACACGAAAGAUUGCGUGAAACAGUUUCUGACCGGCAACUCGGACCAAUCCACGGUGGUAGAGCACACUCUUGACACACCAAUCAUAGCGCGGUACAUUCGCUUCCACGUCGUUGACUACCGGAAGACGGGCGCCUCGAAUUACGUUGGCAUGCGCGUGGAACUGUACGGAUGUGCGAAAAACUAGGGGACGUCCGGAGUUUACACGGCAUUGUGCAGUCGUCUGCAAAUUAUUUAUAUGUAAUUUACACGCGACAGAAAGACUGCUGGUCAUUUGUGUAAACAACUCUCUAAAAAUGUACAAUAUAGAUGGUUGUGUUCGCGCCAUGCUUUGUUUUGCAUUAAAAAUGUAUGCAAUUUA